AUACCGGAAAUAUUCCAGAAGAAAACAAAGGUCGCUCUCUUUCUUGAAUCACAAAAGCACACCAACUGCAGUCGUUAUAAUUCUUGAUUGACUUCUUGGAUGGACAAACUUCCUAUCGAGGAUCCUUCGGUCACUGUCAUCUCUCCAACCGACCAUUUGAACACAUAAUGCCGCCUUUAUAAGAGGAUGAAGUGCCCCAUUCUUUUCACUUGGUGCUGUUCACUGAUGCAAAGUCUCCCAUUAGAAAGGCCUAAACGCUCGUAUUAUGUGAGCUGCUAUCACUAAGCUCUGACCAGAGACAACAUGGAGCUUGUCUACACCAUCUAUCUCUUCUUAAAUCUUGCUCCUUGGCUGGUGCUUGGUCUUCCUCCGAUAUGGACUCAACCAGAACAGGUGCACCUUUCAUAUCCAGGUGUCCCAGGAUCAAUGGAGGUGACUUGGACAACCUUUAAUAAAACAGACAGCACAGUGGAGUAUGGGCUUCUGGGAGGCCGCCUCUUCGACUUGUCUACCCAAGGCAACAGCACUUUAUUUGUGGAUUCAGGAGAUGAGAAGAGGGCCAUGUACAUCCAUAGAGUCAUCCUCAUUGGUCUCAAACCCACCGCAACCUAUGUGUACCACUGUGGGAGCGAUGAGGGCUGGAGUGAUGUGUUCUACUUUACGGCCCUGAACGACAGUGUCCACUUCAGCCCAAAGUUUGCCCUGUACGGCGACCUAGGCAAUGAGAACCCACAGUCACUGGCCCGUCUACAGAAGGAGACACAGAUGGAAAUGUAUGAUGUUAUUCUACACAUAGGGGACUUUGCCUACGACAUGCACGAGGAUAACGCCAGGAUCGGGGACGAGUUCAUGAGGCAAAUCCAGUCCAUAGCAGCCUACGUGCCAUACAUGACCUGUCCCGGGAACCAUGAGUCUACUUAUAACUUCUCCAACUACAGAAACCGUUUCAGUAUGCCAGGCCAGACGGAGGGCCUCUGGUACAGUUGGAACCUGGGGUCGGCACACAUCAUCUCCAUUUCCACUGAGGUUUACUUCUACCUCGACUUUGGGCAGGAGUUGAUUUUCAGGCAGUUAGAGUGGCUCGAGAAGGAUCUGCAGGAGGCGAACCAUCCAGAGAACAGAGCCGUGCGUCCAUGGAUCAUUACGAUGGGACACAGGCCGAUGUACUGCUCAGAUGAUGACCAAGAUGACUGCACCAAGUUUGAUUCUUACGUUCGAGUGGGGCGCAAUGACACCAAACCUCCCGCUCCUGGUCUGGAGGAUCUGUUCUACCGCUAUGGAGUGGAUUUGGAGUUAUGGGCACAUGAGCACACAUAUGAGAGACUGUGGCCUGUCUAUGGGGACAAGGUGUACAAUGGGAGCAUGGAGCAGCCUUAUGUGAACCCUAAAGCCCCUGUCCAUAUUGUCACAGGCUCAGCAGGCUGCAGGGAGAGAACUGAUAAGUUUAACCCCAACCCCAAAGACUGGAGCGCCUUUCGCAGCACAGAUUAUGGCUACACACGCAUGCAUGUGGUAAAUGCCUCACAUCUGUACCUGGAGGAGGUUUCUGAUGAUCAGAAUGGAAAGGUGAUUGACAGUAUAUGGCUGGUGAAGGAGAAACAUGGACCCUCAGCCUGGUUGUGAAGACCCACACCGUCAGGAUCAGGAAAUGCACUUUAAACUUUGAAUUGCUGCAGGUGUUCACACUGUAUAAUUUUUCCCCCUUUAUAUGUAUAUGUUUUAAAUAAAUGUUAUUAACUAUC